CUCAAAAGCAACGCUAUUUGUGAUCACAGUUAGCCAUACAGAACGGGGAAACAUUACUCCUGAUGAGCCACGUGCGGUAUCUUUUAUACUUAAGUGAACGCCUACUACCCAAUUGAAGAAAGUCAUAUCUUUAAUCUACCUGACCGCGUCCGCACCCGUUGGUUUUUACAAACGUCAAGAUACACGCAUAUGCCUCUCAAAGUUGAAAAGAAGGAUCUCACUGGUUUGACAGUACUGAUCACUGGUGCUAACGUUGGCAUUGGUUUGGAAACCGCAAGAAUGCUAUGCGAAAUGGGCGCUCUCGUAACCAUUGCUUGUCGAAAUGCUCAGAAGGCCGAAGCUGCUGCUGAAGACAUCGAGAAGACAACAGGAAAUAGACCUGAGGUAGCAUCGCUUGAACUGAGUACACUCGAAACUACGGCUACUUUCGUGAACGAAUACAUAGCAAAGCACCAGCGGCUGGACAUUUUAAUUAACAAUGCAGGUGCCUUUACGACAGAGAAGCCGCAAGAUGGAUUGACGCAAGAUGGCUUUGAAAUAGACUUUCAAAUCAACCAUCUUUCUCACUUUCUCUUGACCAUUCGCUUAUUACCUUUGAUUAAAUACGCUACUCAAAACAAAAUCAAUGGCUUCACACCGCGAAUCCUCAUCGUCGGCUCUAACGCAGCACAGGCCGGAAAGAUCGAUUACAGCUAUCUCCAAAAUGCAGACAACAUACCUUUUAUUUUCAACCGAUACGCAAAUUCGAAAUUGAUGAACGCUAUGUUUGCUAAAAAGCUUGGUGACAACUUAAAAGAUGAUGGCAUCGUUGCUCAUGUUAUACACCCUGGAUUUGUGGCGUCAGAUAUUUACGCAAAGCCGGAUUAUAAGCUUCCAAAGUUUCUAAUUAGUGGAAUGGGUUUUCUUGUCAAGGCAACUGCACGCAGUAACGUUCAAGGUGCAAUGACUAGUGUGCAUGUAGCGAUUUCGGACGAUGCUGCAAAGUCAAGUGGCAAAUACUGGGAUUCUUGCAAGAUAGCCGCUUACCCAAACAAAUCAAUCAAUGACGAUAGCAUUGUGAACGAACUUUGGAAUAAAUCUGAGCAAUACUUGCAGGAGAAAGGCUUUGAUGUUUAAUACCAGCAAUUCUGUCACAUAUGCUAUCACUCAGUG